AUGGAUCUUCAAGUCUAUCCUUGGUGCAAAAAUCCACGGUGGGAAAAGCAUCUUGAGCGCUACAAUGAAGAACUAUCUAGGCUCAAUGGCUUUGGAUGUGGCAAAAGCAGUGCUUUUAAGCUUGUCAUAAACGAUUGCACUCAGAAGUGGAUGGAAAUGGGUGGUGUCUUUCUUGACCGCCACAAGAACAAAAUCAAUUACUUCAAAGCCCUUUCUUUUGUCAAGAAAGCACUCAGAGCUUCAAAAGAUAGAAACAGAGCAAAGACAAGCGCCCUCAAGGUUCCUGGUCCUAUUGCAUGUGCCGGGACUAAUCCAGCUGGUCCGUCUGUUGGGACAGAAGAUGACAAUAAUCAUGGGAAUACUGUUGGGAAUGACCUUUGUGCCUCCUUUGACGAGAAUUCCUCUACAAUUGAGAAACCAGCUAUGAUGACAAGCCCAAAACUAGCAAGGCCAAAACUAGCAAGGCCAAAACGAAAAUCGGUUCUUCCAAAUGGGUUCUCCUAUCAAGCCGCAGUUGCUCGGAGCACGAAGAAACCACAUGCACUGAAGCAAGAGCAGCCAAAGAAGUCAUUGGAAUUUUUUGCUCUUGUCUGCAGUCAACAAAAACCAUUUACUGAUGAGAACAAGGGUGGGGAAAGCUAA